CACUUUUGGUAGUUGUUACCCGCUACAAGUUAGUUUUUGUAUGGCAUUCAAAUCCUCUUUUUUUAUAUAUCAUUUGGUGCCAUACAACCAUUUCUAACUUGCAGCUUUCAAAGAUCCAAACGUGCCUUUGAAGCCUCCGAUAACUUCUCCCUCCGCCGCAGCUCGCCGGUGUUCCUCUCCUCCUUUCCGGCCGACGUAACGCCUUUUUCUUCCCUUCUAUAUUUUACAUACAUACAUAUACACAAUUCGGCUAUUUAUUACUCUGAUACGUGCAGAAGAAGUUGCAUAUCUAUAUCUAUAUAUAGUGUUUGAAGGAUUUUGAGAUGGAAUUGUCGUGUUCAUCGCCGUUGUCUGUUAACUCCACCGUUAACCGCUUCUCUUCGCCGCUUGGCCGGCGUGUUUCGGUUUACAGUCACCGGAAAAAUCGGUAUGUGCGCUGCUCCCUUUCCUCAAAAUCUCGUUCUGCCGCGCUCAAUGUUUCCGCUAGGGCGUCGUGCAGUACUAGCUCCAGCUCUAGCUCCUCGUCGCUUUUCGGAAUUUCAGUUUCGGCCAGGGGCUGCGGCGCGCUUCCACGUAAAGAGAGGCGAUCUCUGACUAUUGUCUGCGGGGUGUUUGAGAGAUUCACCGAGAGAGCUGUCAAAGCGGUGGUGACCUCCCAGAAGGAAGCCAAGGCGUUGGGGAAAGACACGGUGUUUACGGAGCACCUUUUGCUAGGGCUGAUCGCAGAGGAUCGCGGCUCCGGAGGGUUUUUGAGCUCUGGUAUCACGAUUGAGAAGGCCCGCGAAGCUGUACGGAGCAUUUGGAACGAUGGAAAUGAGGAUGAGGAUGCGAAAUCGGGCUCUGAACACUCUGCUUCGGCUACCUCGGUCACGGACGUAGGCUUUUCCGCAAGUGUCAAGCGCGUUUUCGAGGCUGCGGUCGAGUACUCGAGGACGAUGGGGCAUAACUUUAUCGCUCCCGAGCAUGUUGCAGUUGGGCUUUGCACGGUUGAGGAUCGCAACACUUCUCGUUUGCUUGAGAGAUUAGGGGCAGAUGCAACUGAGUUAGCAGCUGUUGCAAUCUCAAGACUACAAGGAGAGCUUGCAAAAGAUGGUAGGGAACCAAAAAGGCAGCGUGAGAAAUCAUUUUCUGGAGGAAAAAUAACUAUUGACAGGUCUGCGGAGAGAUCAUCAGGAGAGAAAUCUUCUGUGGAAGAAUUUUGUGUAGAUCUUACUGCCCGUGCUACUGAAGGACUUAUUGAUCCAGUAACUGGCCGAGACACUGAAGUUCAGAGAAUCAUUCAGAUACUCUGCCGAAAAUCCAAAAGAAAUCCCAUUCUUCUUGGUGAACCUGGGGUUGGGAAAACAGCAAUCGCUGAAGGACUGGCAAUAAGAAUUGCAGAGAGAACUGUUCCUACUUUCUUGCUGGAAAAACGCAUAAUGUCCUUAGAUGUCGGUCUAUUGAUCUCAGGUGCGAAGGAGAGGGGUGAAUUGGAGGCGCGUGUCACUACAUUAAUUAAGGAGAUUAAGAAUUCAGGGAAUAUCAUUCUCUUCAUCGAUGAGGUCCACACCCUUAUUGGAUCAGGUGGGCGAGGAAAUGGUAGUUCUGGUCUUGGCAUUGCUAAUUUGCUAAAACCACCACUUGCACGUGGUGAAUUACAGUGUAUCGCAUCCACAACAAUGGAUGAAUACAGAUUACAUUUUGAAAAGGACGAAGCCUUUGCCCGGAGGUUCCAACCUGUAGUAGUUAAAGAACCAAGCCAGGAGGAUGCGGUCCAGAUACUGCUAGGUCUACGUGAAAAAUAUGAGGCCUAUCAUAAGUGUAAAUAUACAUUUGAGGCCAUAAAUGCAGCUGUGCAACUAUCAGCUAGAUAUAUUCCUGAUAGGUAUCUUCCAGACAAAGCUAUUGAUCUUAUUGAUGAGGCUGGCAGCAAAUCUCACAUGGAAGCUUAUAAGAGGAAAAAGGAACAGCAAACUUCCAUACUUUCAAUGUCACCUAGUGAUUACUGGCAAGAAAUUAGAGCUGUUGAAGCGAUGCAUGAAAUGAUCGUGGCAAGUAAAGAAAGCGAAAACGAUGACGCAUCCCAGUCGGAAGAUGUUGGCAAAUCCAAUACGGAACAUUUCAUCGACUCUGCAUCUCAAGAUGAUGAUGAAGUUGCUGUGGUUGGACCUGAGGAAAUUGCUGCAGUCGCAUCACUGUGGUCAGGAAUUCCACUGCAGCAGCUUAAGAUUGAUGAGCAAAAGCUUCUCAUGGGUCUGGAAGAACAACUUAGGAAGAGAGUUGUUGGUCAGCACGAGGCCGUAACUGCCAUUGCUAAGGCUGUUAAGAGAUCUAGAGUUGGUUUAAAGGACCCAAAGAGACCAAUUGCAGCAAUGCUCUUCUGUGGUCCUACUGGAGUUGGCAAAACUGAACUGGCAAAAGCUUUAGCAGCAUCAUAUUUUGGUUCUGAACCUGCGAUGCUAAGAUUAGACAUGAGUGAAUACAUGGAGAGGCAUACUGUUAGCAAGUUAAUCGGGUCACCUCCGGGUUAUAUAGGGUAUGGAGAAGGAGGCACUCUGACAGAAGCCAUCAGAAGAAAGCCUUUCACGGUUUUGCUCCUAGAUGAGAUUGAAAAGGCACAUCCAGACGUAUUCAAUAUUCUCCUUCAGUUAUUUGAAGAUGGUCACCUCACAGACUCUCAGGGGCGAAGGGUUUCGUUUAAGAACACCCUGAUUAUCAUGACGUCGAAUGUUGGUUCAACUGCCAUAGUGAAAGGAAGGCAGAAUUUCAUUGGUUUCAUGCUUGCGGAUGAAGAAUCUACUUCGUAUGCUGGAAUGAAAGCGUUGGUGAUGGAAGAGCUGAAGAACUACUUCCGUCCGGAGUUGCUGAACAGAUUAGACGAAGUGGUGGUGUUCCGUGCUCUAGAGAAGACUCAGAUGCUGGAGAUACUGAAUCUGAUGCUGCAGGAGGUGAAAGGCAGGCUUGUUUCCAUGGGAAUAGGGUUGGAAGUAACAGGUGCAACUAUGGAGCUGAUAUGUGAACAAGGAUUUGACAGAAACUACGGCGCCCGACCUCUUAGGAGGGCGCUAACCAGCAUAAUUGAAGACCUCUUGAGUGAGUUUAUACUUUCUGGAGAUUACAACCCUGGUGAUGUUGCUGUAAUUCAUUUAGAUGAUUCCGGGAAUCCAAUUGUCUCCAACCGAUCAAGCCUCACCAUGUCUGAUACAAUUACAGUGUUUUAGGAGCAUACAUGAUGAGUAUACAUAUAUAAUUAUUGUUGUUUGUAUGUAUAGCCAGGACAUUCAUUCAUGUACAGCACUAAGAUAGACAACCUUGUAAGCAUAUUUUGAUCAAUCAUAGUUUUGCAUCUUCACACUCA